ACGAAACAAGAGAAUAUUAGUACACAUCUCUACUAUGCGAUUCAUGAAAAAACAACCAACAAUAAUAUUGUUUACAAGAUUUCUAACCAAGCAACGAUGCCAUUUUCUACAAGAAAAUACUACUUAGUAAUGAAGAAAAGAAAAAGUGUAAUAUGGCUAACCUAUAGAUGUAUGAUUCGUAGAUAAAAAAAAUUCUAUUAGAUCGCGGACACGACGCCCCUCCGCGGAUUUCUGUAAAACCAACUAAUGUCAAAAUACGCGCUGAUCGGGUGACGAGUGCGAGGAAGUAUUGUUUUUGUUAUCUUCAGCUCCAGUGUGAUUUGUGAAACCGCCCGUGAUGUAUCGCUUUAAUUGGCAGUGCAAUUUAAUAAUAAACGGGUUUUAAAAUGAUGGCAGAUUUUUUAAUGAUGGGCAAUGCCUGCGGGCAGAACUUGCUUCGGCUCGUUGCCAGAGGAAAUGCCAUAAUAGCAGAGCUCAUGAGGCUGAAAGAUUACAUUCCACCAGUUUAUAGGUUGGAUUCCAAACAUUAUACUCAAAAGUAUGGUGCAAUAAUAACAGAUUUUGCUUAUUUUAAAGCAGCGAAUGCUCAUGAACAGAAAAUAGAAAAUGACGCAGUUCUUCAAGAAUUGGAUGAAGAACUCAGAAACAAUUUUUCUGAGAUACUUUUGAGAUUUUACUUAGGAUUCGAAAGUCUUCACAAGUAUAUAACUGAUUUAAAUAGUUACAUUGAUGAAUUAGAAGAUGGAGCUUACAUUCAACAAUCUAUAGAAUCUAUAAUACUUAAUGAAGAAGGCAAACAAUUGAUUAGCGAAGCUAUUCAUCUCUAUGGAAUCAUGUUGUUAGUUGUUGAUUGUUAUUUUGAUGGUCAGAUAAGAGAGCGUUUACUUGUAUCAUAUUACCGAUAUCAUGCCCAAAGAGCAUCUUCUACCAGGGUAGAUGAUGUUUGCAUGUUACUUCGCUCCACUGGAUUUAUUAAAGGUUCCUACAAACGACCCCAAAACUAUCCUGAAGCAUAUUUUCAGAGAGUACCCAUAAAUGAAUCAGUGCUGGAUCUUGCAAUAGCUCGUCUCAGAACUGAUGAAGUCUAUAAUCAGACUAGUGCAUUUCCACAUCCAGAUCAUAGGAGUAUAGCAUUAGCUAACCAAGCAUCCAUGUUAGUUAUAAUCUUGUCAUUUAGACCAUCAGUUUUAAACAACCAAUCUGCAAUCAUGAGAGAAAUCGUGGACAGAUUUUUUCCUGACACUUGGGUUAUUAGUGUGUACAUGGGAAUAGUUAUCGAUUUGUGGGAUUGGUGGAGUCCUUACAAAGCUGCCAAGGCUGCUCUUAAUAAUACAUUAGAAAAUUCCAACAUUAAAAGAGUUGCUCAAAAAUAUGGUCAGAGAAUGAAAAAACAUCUUCAAAAAACUGCUGAGCAUCAAAUGGCUGUUUCACUAGAUGAAGGAGCAAUAGGAUCAGUAGUCAAACUUGUUAGAGAAUGCAAUGUAACAUUGCAUUGGUUACUUUUACACACUGCUAUUCCAACUAUAGUCACAGAAGAUUUGAAACGUUCAAGGAAUCUCAAACAGUUAGUAAUUCAAGAGAGCAAGUAUACUGUAAAUGAUACUCUGCGUUUACUGUUAAGCACAGCUCAAAUCGAAUAUAAUAUUAAACAGAUGUACAAACAGUUGCUUCAAGAUAAAGAAACUAAAUGGAUGAAAAGUAAAGAAAAAUGCAUUCAACGUGUUAAUAAAUUGGCUGAAGUUUUCAAUGGAAAUAAACAGUUGGACGACGUGGAGAAAAAUCAGACUCUUGAGUCGUGGUUUAAAGAAAUUAGUAGGCAUAUUGAGUCAUUGAUAGAAGAUGAUGGAAAAAAAAUCAUGCAACUUUUGCAAGCUUUGGAAGAAGUACAAGAAUUCCAUCAACUAGAAAGCAAUUUACAAAUAUCCCAGCAUUUAAAAGAGACUCGACAAAUUCUACACAAUAUGUUACGAUCAAGCUCUAUGAAUGAGGACACAAUGAUCUCCUUAAAUAUUGUUACUGACUGUUGCUAUGCUUGGAAUGUAAUGGAAACUUUUAUUCCAAUAAUGCAAGAUCUUAUCAAGGGUGAUCCUGGUACUGUGAUACAAUUAAAAGCUUUAUUCUUAAAGAUGGCAUCAGCACUUGAAAUGCCAUUACUUAGAAUUAAUCAAGCUAAGAGUGCAGAUUUAGCUUCUGUCUCACAGUAUUAUAGUAGAGAGUUGGAAAGCUAUGCACGGCGAGUAUUGCAAAUUAUUCCCGAAUCCGUUUUUGCAAUUCUAGCUCAAAUUGUCCACUUAGAAACAAAUAUUUUUAACGAAAUACCUACUAAAUUGUACAAAGAUAAAAUUAAGGAUUAUGCUCAGCUAAAUGAGAGGCUAAAGAUGGCAGAACUGACCUACUCUGUUUCUGUUUUUACUAACGGCUUGUUAUCUCUGAGAAGCGUUUCAUUGGGUGUUUUACGAGUUGAUUCUCAUCGACUUUUGGAAGAUGGAAUAAGGCAAGAACUAGUAAAGAAAGUGACUCUGGCCUUGCAUAAUAGUUUAGUUUUUGAUGUGAAAUCCAAGGGUAUAUUGAUGAACAAGUUGCAAGCUCUCUCAAUGGUAAUGGAUGGAUAUAGGAAAUCAUUUCAGUAUAUUCAAGAUUAUAUAAACAUUAACAGUUUAAAAGUUUGGCAUGAAGAGAUUACGUAUAUCAUAACAAACGCUGUUGAAGAGGAGUGUAGAGGAUCUUCGUGGACACCAGCAAAGCUCUGGACUUACUUACCGGAAGACAAAAUGAACGCCCAUUUAGUACCAACUGACUCAAAUUCUUUGACUUUCAUGGGACGCCUUGCGCGUGAACUGAUUCGGAUAACAGAUCCUAAAACGACGAUUUAUAUAGAACAUGCUCUAGCUUGGUUCGAUCUGAAGACUCAAGCAGAAGUAUUAAGUCAUAAGGCUUUUACAAUGAUUUUACAAGCUAUGGGUACUCCUGGGUUGUCAGGAUUGGAUAAAAUGAUUUCUCACUUUGUUGCUGUCGAAAUGCAAAAGGCUGUGAAAUUUAUUGACAAAGGUAUCAAAAAUAAAACGUGGUCCGGUACUUUGAAGGAAUGUGAAACGUUAUUCCAAAACGGAGACAAUUUGAAAGUCAAUAGAGGAAAAUUUUUAACAACCGUGAAUACUUUAGUCAACAAAGCUUGGUCUUCGUUGUUAGAAGCAGUACUGAAAAUUGGCCACAUGCAAAUUUUAAAACAGAAGAUUGCUUACGAACUAAACACUGCCUGUAAAUUUGAAGCAAAACACAUGGAAGCGGCUCUACGAACUCUUAACGAUGCUGUCUUAACUGAAAUAAGUGGAAAAGAAGGGGAAUUGCAAAAAUCCAAGUUUUUAAAUGAACUUAGUAUUAGAUUGGAAUGGGCUGGCAUAACCGAUGUAAAUAAUAAAAUAUAUGUCCAGCCUCCGGAAAUAAGUAAUAUGGCAUUUUUAAUGUUUCUCUUUACUGUGCCACAAUUGCAUAAAUUAUACUUUUGUAAAAAUACUGCUAGUCUUCUAAGUAAAAAAAUUCAGGAUCCGAUCGAUGCUGUUAUUUUCACCUUAGGUGUUCAAUCUGUACUGAAACAAUUCGGCGUCACGCAGUUAAACUGCUACGUCACUCACGCUAGUGAAUAUGUUUUAUCUUUUGUAACGUCCGACAGCACGAAAAUGUCGAACGAAUUUGAAAUGGAGGGGAUAACUGGAGUACACUUUUUAGAACUUUUCAUAAAGCAUGCUGUAAUUCCAAAAUCUGUUGUCACAAAUACCAUUCCUCUUCUUGUUCUGGACCAGUAUCAAGCCAAAGUGGUGAAGUAAACAUGAAAGAAAUUUUAUUUAUAUUUUAAGAACAACUUUGUUAAUGCGUCUGUUGAGUAUUUUGUAUACAAGAAGAAAACAAAUUAAUAAAUAGACUUAUGUCAUUGAAGUUUUUUGUAGGGUCCAUUCAUUUAUUAUAUAUUAAUUUUUAUUACACUAUCUAUUUAUAUUAUAUAUUCAUUAUUACUCGCUUCUCGAAUAAGGUCGCAGCUCAUGUUAUGAAUUCGAGACGGCCGUGUGAAAUCCUUGAGAAGACACAUCGAGUUUGAAACAUGAAUGGAUGAGCCGUAAAACAAAAAUAUACAUUAUGUAGUUCAAGCAGAAGUAGUAGCGGCGCGAAAAAUCAAUUGUAAGCGAGCGCACUUAUAUCGUAUUAUAUAAUAGCUUCUGAGCCUAUUCGAGUAGCGAUGAAGUUAAUUCAUCAUCAGCGAUUGGCAAUUUUAUACUUGCUUUCACAAACAGUCGGAGAGCCUACACAAUCAACAUAAAAUAUGAUUCUUAUUCUUCGCGCAUUUUUUAUUUUUAUUUACUUGUUUCUUUUUUGUUUUGUUAUCGUCAUAAUUAUCGACGAGAAAUAUUUCGCGGGUUCAAAGGAAGUGUGGACGAUGGUGGACGAGAAAAAACACUAACGCAAAGGUCGCUGCGAUCAACAAACGAUAUGAUGAUACCCGAUAUCAGACCAGCUGUAAAGUCGAGUCUCAUUAUAGUAGUUUGCUUACUCCCUAAGUCGUACUUUUCUUGUUAUGUGACAUUAUUCAUUUAUAUGACGCACAGGGUUUAACGAAAUUACAUCUUUCUAAAACGGAGGAGUAUUUUAAGUACUUGGCUUUUACAAUACUUUAAUUGUUUUUAGAAGAUCUUUCGCGCGCGCACUCUCUAUCACUCUCUCGUUUUCUCUACGGCAUAUCACUUGCUCUCAUAAGUGUACGUUUAAUGGUCGAUACAAUCAUUCAAGCAAACUACAAUUGUUCGAUCGAUUCACGACAGUGAGUACCAGUGUAAACUAAUUGUGAAUAAGGUCAUGGUUUCAUUGACUCUUUUCAGCAGGGCUGAUCGAUUCGAAAGACUUCAAAUUUUUGAUGUAUUGAGAUCAAUGCAGCAACUUAAAAAUUAUCAGUACACGUGUAUUACAUAAUCAAAGAAGGAUAAGUGCAUUUCUCAAUAAUACGUACAUGCACACGUGCAAUUUCAGGAUUGCGCAUUAAAUUCCUGCUCGCUAAUCGAAUCAAUAAUUCUUAAAUAUUAUAAAAAAGCCAACUCGAAUAAUUCCUUUCCUAAUCAAUCAGCCAUACCAACGAGAGCAAUACACUUAUCAUCACGCAAAGUAACGAGCGUUUAUGACCAAACAAGGACGUGCCUUUUUUUGCUAUAGCCACUUAUGCGACUGCGUAUGUGUGUGAAUUAAAAAAGGACAUUUGCUUACGCAAACGUCAAUCUCCCGAGAUCGAGUGACUAUUUUGGACGAAUCUUUUCUAUCUGUCCGUUUGCAUUUUUCAUUGCGCGCAUAUAUAGGUAUGUACGUGUGGUGAUCGGACGAUAACCAGCACCGAUCGAUCUCUCGACUGGAAGGAAUUCUGUACAUGUACCGCGUGUGUUUGCAUUGAGAACGAGAAACAAGGAGGAAAGAACAUCACAUUUGACGGAUCGAUCGACUCGAUCGCAAUUCCCUUCUUGACAUGGAUUGUGCAUGUUUAGGUAUAUACGUUUGUUGGGCGACAUACAUUAUAUAGUGUAUAUUAUAUGUAUAGGGGUGGCUCGUUUUCGCAGAAGUUUCUCAGUGUGGGAGCCUCGGUCUUUUUGUUUUCUUCGAUUUUUUUUUGUAUUUCUUUUAAUCCACUUUAUAACGUAAUAAACAUACGAUAUGUAAACACAUGUGUCCAUUAACAUCUCUCUUUUGUAAUGCGGGUAUGAUCUUUAUUCCUUUCAUUUUCUUUUAUCUAUAAGUUAUUAUACUUAAUUUUUAAUUCAUAUCCUUGUUUCAGAGAAACACUUAUACAAAAUCAUUUCGAAAUGAUCUUGACACUUUGUUUAUCGGAUGAUCAUAUAGAGUUUAUCAAUCAGAAAGAACACUUUUGUAACGAUAUAUAUAUAUAUAUUUUUCCCCCUUAUCCCCCCUUGUCCCCUUAUUUUUGCAGAGCUCUCUUCAUUGAAAUCGAGGAAUAUAGACUUCAGAAUAAAAUUUAUAUACAAAUCAUAUGUACACAUAAAAAUUCGAAAUGGCUUUACACAUUUUUUAUAUUUAUUUUUUUGGAUAUGAAUCGCCCGUAAAUAAUGUACAAAGACUUGUUUACGUAUAAAUAUACACAAUUAUAUAAUGAUUGAAUAUAUAAUUACACAUACCGCAUAUAUAGCACAAAAGUUAUAUCUGAUUAUGUGUACAUCUUACAAUUAUCAAUAUAAAUCAUAUUCAUCAUUGUACACAUGUAUAUACGACUCGUAUAUAAUUUUUAUUCGGAUAGGCUAAGUUUUAAUUUCUUAAUAGAUACGUCUUGAACAAAAAUUGGAUUCAAGUUACAGCGAAAGUGUUACACUCGGGAUUCGAUCUUUUUUGUUUUACAAAUUUGAUAGUCUUGUUCGCCGAGUGAGAAACUAAGAAUAUCACCCGAAACUUCGAGUUAAAUUUUUCACGUAUUAUCUUUCCGAUCUUGUUUAGAUUACUUUAAUUAUCGAUUUCUUAAUACUGGGUAUAUGAAAAAAUUUUUUCUUUUCUCAACAAUAUUUUCUUAAGUCGUUAGAGCUGCGUUAUCACGCGCAAUUGUCUCUGUAUCCAAUGACGUUCUAAACACAUUUAUAAUUGUACAUUUUCUUUUCAUU